UCAUUCUCAGCCAGGUGCUUUGCAAGGCUAGACAUCGCCAGGAAAGAAAAGGAAAAAAAAGAAAGAAAGAAAGAAAAAGAAAAAGGAGAGAAGAGAAGGGGAGCUUCCUCAGGCUCACAUAUACAAAUACUUGAAAGCUUAAUCACUGAGACCUCAAAUACUUCUGGAUCUUUUUGCUUUACCCUCCUCACCCCUUUUUUACACUCUGUUUACAUUCUCCUCCCUCUUUCACCCCCACCCGGCCCUCGGCUCUACCCCCCAGAGAAGGACGCUUCUGAAAGGACUGGAUUUGCUGAAGAACUGGUAUGAUUAGCUGAGUAUUUGGGGGGAGUAUUUUGGGGGGCUUCCUUUGACCUCUCCUUUCCCCCUCCCUACACUCAAGAAAGCAAGAGGGAGAUAGGAGAGAGGCGAGAGAAGAAGAGGGAGAGAGCGGAGAAAGACUGAAAGACUCGAUCUCUGAUCCCUGAAGAAACUCCUAUUUCCCCUUUUCCCCAGCCUACGGGACCAUGUCCAAGCCCACCGACCAUAUCAAGAGACCCAUGAAUGCUUUCAUGGUAUGGUCCCGGGGCCAAAGACGGAAGAUGGCCCAGGAGAACCCCAAGAUGCAUAACUCGGAGAUCAGCAAACGUCUAGGGGCCGAGUGGAAACUGCUCUCGGAAGCGGAGAAGCGCCCCUACAUCGAUGAGGCCAAGAGGCUUCGCGCCCAGCACAUGAAGGAACACCCGGACUACAAGUACCGGCCGCGACGUAAGCCUAAGAACCUGCUCAAGAAGGACAGGUACGUCUUCCCUUUACCUUACCUCGGAGAAACUGAUCCCCUCAAGGCAGCCGGCCUGCCCGUGGGGACCACGGACAGUCUCCUCGGCUCUCCCGAGAAAGCCAGGGCGUUCCUGCCCCCCACCUCGGCACCUUACUCCCUCCUGGACCCCAGUCAGUUUAGUUCCAGCGCCAUCCAGAAGAUGACUGAGGUCCCUCACACCUUGGCGACCAGCACGCUGCCCUACGCGUCCACCUUGGGCUACCAAAAUGGGGCUUUCGGCAGUCUCAGUUGCCCCAGCCAGCACACUCAUACCCACCCGUCCCCUACCAACCCGGGUUAUGUGGUGCCCUGUAACUGUACUGCCUGGUCGGCGUCCAGUUUGCAGCCCCCAGUUGCCUACAUCCUCUUUCCCGGCAUGACCAAGACUGGAAUAGACCCUUAUUCUUCAGCCCACGCGACGGCCAUGUAACCCCUUUGAUCCCCACCCUGCUCCCUUCUUCGUCCCCUUCCCCGGACCUAUCCCUGCCGAAAGCAAUCGGACCAUUUC